AUGCCGCCGCCGCACUACUAUCCCGUCCUGCUGCCGCUACUGGUUCUUGCGGCAGUGGCGGGCGUCUCCGCGGGGGACGGCGGCGGGGGAGAGGGACUGGAGCGGACGUACAUCGUGCGGGUGGACGCCGACGCGAAGCCGUCGGUGUACCCGACGCACGCGCACUGGUACGAGGCGGCGGUGCUGGCGGCGGCCGGCGACGGCGCGGGGUGGCCGGAAGGGGGCCCGCUGAUCCACACCUAUUCGGCGGCCUUCCACGGGUUCUCCGCGCGGAUGUCCCCCGCGGCCGCCGAGGCGCUGGCGUCCGCCCCCGGGGUGGCGGCCGUGGUGCCGGAGCGCGUGCGGCAGCUCUCCACCACGCGGUCCCCGAGGUUCCUGGGCCUGCUGUCCUCCCCGCCCUCGGCGCUGCUCGCGGACUCCGACUUCGGGGCCGACCUGGUCAUCGCCAUCGUCGACACCGGCAUCUCCCCCGCACACCGCAGCUUCCAAGACCGCGGGCUGGGCCCGGUCCCGAGCCGGUGGCGCGGGGUGUGUGCGUCCGGGCCGGGGUUCCCGCCCAGCGCCUGCAACCGCAAGCUCGUCGGCGCGCGCUUCUUCUCCAAGGGGUACGAGGCCACCUCGGGGCGCAUGAAUGAGACGGCGGAGGUCCGGUCCCCGCUCGACACCGACGGGCACGGGACCCACACCGCGUCCAUCGCCGCGGGAGCGUACAAGGUGUGCUGGGUGGGCGGAUGCUUCGACUCUGACAUCCUCGCGGCCUUCGACGCCGCCGUCGCCGACGGCGUCAAUGUGAUCUCGCUCAGCGUCGGUGGCGUUGUCGUGCCGUACUACCUCGACGCGAUUGCCAUCGGGGCGUUCGGCGCGACCGAAGCCGGGAUCGUCGUCUCCGCUUCGGCCGGCAAUGGUGGUCCCGGUGGGCUCACGGUGACCAAUGUGGCGCCCUGGAUGGCCACCGUCGGGGCUGGCUCCAUGGACCGCGCGUUCCCGGCCAAUGUGCGGCUCGGUAACGGGCAGGUGCUCGACGGCGUGAGCGUGUACGGGGGGCCCGCGCUCGAGUCCGGCAAGAUGUACGAGCUGGUGUACGCCGGGGCGAGCGGCGGGGCCUCCUCCGCCUCCGACGUCUACUCUGCGUCGAUGUGCCUCGACGGGUCGCUGGACCCAGCCGCGGUGCGCGGCAAAAUCGUGGUGUGCGACCGCGGCGUGAACUCGCGCGCCGCCAAGGGCGACGUGGUCCGCCGCGCGGGUGGCGUCGGAAUGGUGCUAGCCAACGGGGCGUUCGACGGCGAAGGCCUUGUCGCCGACUGCCACGUCCUUCCGGCGAUCGCCGUCGGCGCGGCCGCGGGCGACAGGCUCCGCAAGUACAUCGCGUCCUCGACCAAGCAGAGGCCAGCCACCGGCACCAUCCUGUUCGAGGGCACGCACCUGGGCGUGCACCCGGCGCCAGUGGUGGCGGCGUUCUCGGCGCGCGGCCCGAACCCCCAAUCCCCGGAUAUCCUGAAGCCGGACCUGAUAGCUCCCGGCCUCAACAUCCUGGCCGCGUGGCCCAGCAGCGUCGGCCCGGCCGGCAUUCCCUCGGACAUCCGCCGCACCGAGUUCAACAUCCUGUCGGGCACGUCCAUGGCCUGCCCGCACGUGUCGGGCCUGGCCGCACUGCUCAAGGCCGCGCACCCGACCUGGAGCCCCGCGUCGAUCAAGUCGGCGCUGAUGACCACGGCGUACGUGAGGGACAACAGCAACGGCACGAUGGUGGACGAGUCGACGGGCGCGGUGGCGGGCGCGUUCGACCUCGGCGCGGGCCACGUGGACCCGAUGCGCGCCAUGGACCCGGGUCUGGUGUACGACAUCACCCCGGGCGACUACGUCAACUUCCUGUGCAACCUCAACUACACGGAGCAGAACAUCCGCGCCGUGACGCGGCGCCAGGCGGACUGCCGCGGCGCGCGCCGCGCCGGGCACGCGGGCAACCUCAACUACCCGUCGCUGUCCGCCACGUUCGUCGCCGCCGCGGACGACGCCAGAGCGACGACGAUGAGGACGCACUUCAUCCGGACGGCGACCAACGUGGGCGGCGGCGAGAGGGCGGUGUACCGCGCGUCGGUCGCGGCCCCUGAGGGGUGCAACGUGACGGUGCAGCCGCGGCAGCUGGCGUUCCGGCGCGAGGGGCAGCGGCUGAGCUUCACGGUGCGGGUGGAGGCCGCGGUGGCGGCGCCCGGGAAGAGGAUGGAGCCCGGGAGCUCCCAGGUGCGGAGCGGCGCGCUGACGUGGAGCGACGGUAGGCACGUCGUCCGUAGCCCGAUCGUGGUGACGGUGCAGGCGCCCUUGCAGUGA